AUGAAGCUGUCCCUUUUCUCCGUCUUUGCCCUCGUUGGCUUCACACUCGCUGCUGGCAGCCACCAAACCACCAACACAAACGCCAAGAGGGACGUUGUCGAUCCCGCAGAGACAGAUGGCCAGGUUUGGGCCAACGUCAUCGCCCCGGCCAAGCGUCAGAAUGUGCGCCCGCCCCUCGACCAGCCCGCCAUGACCGACGCCAAUGGCAACGUGGUCCCGUACUCGCGCGAGGGGGCCCGCAAGGCCAAGGCCAAGCGUGAGGAGAUGGCGCAGCGUAAGAGGAACGAGGAGAGCAUUAGGAAGAGGCAGGCCAAGAAGGAGAGGACGAGGAGGCACCAGGCCCAUGGACAUCGCAAGUACUAA